UUAAAUCAUCCGAAAAGGAAGCGCUCUACGAUCAAUUCGUUGCUAGGAGAACCGGAAUAUUUCGUGUGCAAGCACUGCUUCAAAUCAUUCAAUCGUCGAUCAAAUAUGACUCGGCACAUAGAUAAAACUCAUUGUGGGAGAGUGGUAUUCAACUGCCCCCAAUGUCCAGCCGUCUACAAACAUGCUUACCAUUUUGCUGAUCAUCUCCGCAGCCAUGAGGAGGUUCCACAGUUUGAGUGUGAGGUCUGCGAAAAGAAGUUUAAGUCGAGAAUCCAGCUGCGAAACCACAAAAGUAGAAAUUGUAAGGAUCCACCGGCGAAGGAGAGUCACCACGGAAAUAGAAGGUCUAGAACAUAUGAUCCACAGCAGUGUGAAGCUUCCUCUGCUACUUCUCAUGGCAUGGAGCGGUUUCACAUCCCGUAUGACUUCCCGGUCACCUUGUAA